AUGAUCUCCUCCUCGUCCUUCUGGCUCUGGUCUCUGGCCAUUGGCGUGCUGGCAGCGGUGUAUUUCAGAUACCGCCGUCUGUCCCCGGUGCCAGGACCUUUCCUUGCUGCCCUGACGGAUCUAUGGCGCUUCUCUCUCACCCGAAGCGGCCACUUUUCAGACACGCUGGUAGACCUGCACACCCGCUAUGGUGCAUUUGUCCGAAUAGGCCCAAACGCCGUCAGUAUCUCCGACCCUGCUGCAGUCCCGACAGUUCACUCCAUGCACGGGGAGUUCAGGAAGGCGGACUCGUAUUCGACGCUCCGGGCCCUCUUCAACGGCAAGGUAAUCGGCACCGUGGUCGACUUGCAGGAUGAAAACGAGGUCUCGGCCUUGAAACGGGCGGUCGGUAGCGCCUUUGCGACGAGGAACCUGCUAGACUACGAGCCCGACGUGGACCACACCUUAGACCGACUUGUCCAGGCGAUACGAAAGCGCCGGACCUUCUCACUGCUCGACGCUAUGCAACAGUUCCAGGUGGAUUUCCUCAUGAAGGCCGCCUUCAGCAGGGACACCGACUAUCUUGAGACGAAUAGGUCCACGUAUGAAAUCUCCGGCGACGCAAGGGUGAAGCAUUGGUAUACAUGGCAGAGUAUGCCUGGUCUUGAGUGGCUGCUCUUCAAAUCGCCACUUUCUCCGGCAUGGCAUAGGAGCCCCCCAAAGCCCCCGGCCUGGACAGCCAUGGCCUCCGCAGAAUAUGACAAGAGAGUGAAGCUGCACUCAGACAAGCCCGGCGGUAGAGAAAGCAGGAAACCGGAUCUCUUGUCAAAGUACCUCUCCGGCGCGGAGCAGCACAAAGAUAGUGUGUCCCAAACAACCAUCGUCCGGGUGAUUUCGAGUACGAUUGCCGCUGGAUUUGACACCUCCGCGUACACCAUCACCAUGACCCUCUACUACCUCUUGAAACACCCAGCAGUGCUAAAGAAGUUGAGAUCCGAGCUCGACGACGCUCUUGAUUCUGGCCGACUCUCCCGCCGCCCCAGGUUUAAUGAGGUAGACAAGCUCGACUACCUCGAAGCAAUCUUCAAGGAGACUAUGCGUCUGCAACCCUUCCUGAAGCCUCUGCUCGAACGCGAAGUCCCUGCGGGUGGUGCCGAUAUCGCUGGCCGAUCCUUCCCUGGCGGCACGACGGUUGCAAUCUCGGUAUUGAACGUUCACCGUGACACUGCCGUGUUUGGGAAAGAUGCCGACGAAUUUCGCCCGGAGAGAUGGUUGGAAGCCGACCAUCAGCACAGAGCAUCGAUGGAGAGGUCGAUGCUCGCGUUUGGUGGCGGCAAGCGCGUCUGCAUGGGGCGACAUAUUGCGGCGUUGGAGAUGAGGAAGGCGAUCCCGAGGCUGCUGAUGGAGUUUGAUGUGAGUUUCACCCGCUCGGCGAACCGUGUGACUGCUAACCCAGCGUCUCAACCAGAUCUCAUUGGAAGAUCCAAGCUAUGUCUAUAA